AUGCAGCCUUCAUCCACCCUGCUCUUCCUCCUCCUCCUCCUCCCCCAACUCGCCUCACUGGCCCCCCUCCGGCACCUCAAGACUCUCGCUGACUUGGCGGGCGAUGCACCGCUCUCCGCCGAUGUCCCCACCCCCGCCGGUCCCCGCGUCUCCCCGGCGGGAAGCCGCCCCCUGCGCGACAGCCCUGAGCCCCCCUCCCUGGACCCCGCCUGGGCCCGCUUCUUCGCCGACUUCAUGACCGGGCAGAGGAAGUUCCGGGGCCGGACUAGGAAGGCGCCGGCGCCCCAGGGCUGCUUCGGGGUGAAGCUGGACCGAAUCGGGACCCUCAGCGGGCUAGGCUGCUAA